AUGUUGUCGCUCCGUACCACCUUGACCCUCCUCGCCCUUCCAGCUCUUGCUGCAGCCGGCAAUGUCUGUCUCGGUGUAUUUGCUGUAGCUGGUCUCGGUGACGCCCCCCCUGACGUCUACUACGUCGCCUUCGCCGCUGGAUCGCCAUGUGACGAAAGUCGAUCAGCCAUGUUAACCGAUACUCUCAAUGAGAACUGGUGCUCAAUUUCCAAUCGCGCCCCGCAGUUCGACAUGUGCGGCAGCACGGCCACCAUCUUCAAUGCUGGAGAACCUAUUGGCGAUGAUGCGGACUUCAAUGACUGCGGUGCCAAGUUGAGCAUCAAUGGGGAGGAGUUUGAUGGAGAGGUUCUUGAGGAGCUUGCGGAGGAUAACCCUUGCAGUGCCACUUGCAAUAACGGUAUUGCUUUUGGCAAUAUUGGUGGUCUGAGGCACUACGUUGAUGUGCCCAUGUGUGACUAA